UGAUGAAAGCAAUCUUUACGAGAGGCAACACCUCAUCGAUUAAUCAGAGAAAAUAGGGUGGGGUAGGACCAACAAACUACUCGAUAGACGAGAGGAGAAAGGGAUAAGGAGGGAUGAUGCAUCGACUGCUGGCUUGGUAAUACUUGGUAAGCGUCAGAGCGUCAGCGCCGAUCCGUGCGUGGUGGAAGUCGUAAAAAUAGUAUUCAGUGAGGUCAGUGGUAAGCAGUGUCAGUCGGCGACUGUUCGUCGAUCAUCGUCAAUCUAAGGAGGUUAACAGCAUCCAAAGCGUUCUAGUUCAGUGCAUUUUCCUCUCUCUUCCUGUCACUUUUGUGAAAACACAACAGCAAGCAGUGUAUAUUCAACAAGCGAAAAGAAAUAGCAUCGCAAAGAUGAGUGAAAAGACUGAGCACAUUGUAAUGACCCCAAAAUGCAAGACUUCGAAUGCUACAACAUUGAUAAUAGAGCGGCAGGCCUUAGAGCCUGCGGCAGAGAAUGGAAAUGAGAACAAUGUUCAUGUUGCUGGCGGUGACCACAAAGGAAUUGUCAUCAACAAACAGGCUAUAGCUAUAACAAAUGGAGAGGCACGUCCUGCUCAACUUUGUCUACAAUUCAGAGUAUUCCUGGUGAGCGCACAAACUGGGAAGCAUACCCAAGAACAAAGGACUCUUCAAUUCUGGUUUACAGAUGUGCUCUCUGAAGCGGAACAGCCAAGCAUUGCACAAGAAUUUUUCAGAGAGCUUGUUACUCCACAGGAGUUUCCUAGAGAUUAUGUGGGAUUUAUUAAAAAAAUAAUGAAAUUGAUGCAACAUAAAUAUCCGAGUAUUAAGAAACUGGAAAUAGAACUAAGACAAUUGGAAGAACCAAUUACGCUUCCAACCAGACCAUUAUCCACAGACGAAACCAUCAUGGGUCAAAUAAUCGAGCUAACAGUAGAAAAAGUUCUGGAGCUUAUUGAGUCUGCUUAUCCGAAUCCAGUUACCGUGGUUGACAUAGCAAAGCAACAUGGAUGGGAACCAUCAGCCGUCGAAGCCAAAUUAAAAGAGCUUCAAGAGAAAGGACUUGUUAAAUCAAUGGAUCAUGGAGCUUUUACACGUGUCGUUCACGAAGAUACUCAAGUUCAAGUGGUGAAACAGAUGCCGACGAUGGCAAGCGCAAAACAACCCACUAUAGCUAUCAUUACGGCUCAGUAUUGCGAGAAACUUGCUGUAGAUUCAUUGAUUGAAAACAAGGAAACCUUUGUUCGUUACACCACCGUUGGUACUGCAAGCUCACCAGACACGAUAGACGGAGUUCCGCGAGUGAUAUGCCGUUUUGGAGAAUCAAACGUAUACACUUUGGGCAAUAUUGGUGCGCAUAGGAUUGUGUGCACCAAAUUGCCAACUGUAGGCCAUACCAGAGAAGCAAUGACUGCAGCCGGCAAUACCACCACCAGAUUGUUAGGUACAUUCCAAAAGGUGGAUUUUGUCUUUCUCGUUGGAGUUGGUGGCGGUGUUCCUCACUAUACAGAUUACAAUAAACACGUACGACUGGGUGAUGUGGUAAUAUCGCAUCCAACCCCAUUGAACAACAAAUACACGUACGUUUAUUGCGAAAGUGCCAAGAUGAAUGAGAACGGAAACUAUCAUUUCGAGACCAAAGAAUAUUGCCCUCCGAAUCUCAGUCUUCAAGAAAUCGCAGCGACUCUUAUGAAGCAGGCUGAGAACGAAGCAACACCUCCAUGGCAAACGUACAUGAAAGAAGGUUUGGAGAACCUAGUUAAUCAAUCGGAACACGAUUUCAACGCGCCACCACCUGAUUCUGAUAAGCUAUACAUGGCUAUUGGAGAAAGAGAUGUCAUCGAAGUAUCUCAUCCAAUUGCACCUCAGGAUUCUAUAAAUAAAAGAGCUAAUGGUUGCUCUCGAAUUCAUCUGGCACCAGUAGCAUCCGGUCGACAAAUCGCGCGGGAUGAUCAACUUAGGCAAAAGUUCGCAAGUCGAUUUGGUGCGCUCGCGUUUGACGCGGAAAUGGAUGCAGUGGUCGAGAGUAUCUUAGGUAAUUGUCGUGAGAAUUUCGCUGUAAUUCGCGGAAUCGCCGAUUACAAAGAUGGUACGCGAAUCAAAGAGUGGCAGCCUUAUGCGGCAUUGGCGGCAGCCAGCGUAAUGAAAGCUAUAAUCUGUGCUAUGGAUCCGCCGACCAAUGACUAAUGUCGCUCUUUUAGUUUAGUCUUUUAACUAUAUUUCACGUAGCAUACAAUGCAACACGCAUAAAUUUUCGCAAAACAAACGAUAGAAUCUAAAAUCAAAACGACAGUUAAGUGUACACUGCACAAGAUUCUUAAGAAUGAUUAAUAAGUAGCUGGCUAAUUUCGAGAAGUUCCUUAUUCGUAAAGAUCGCACAAUAAUAUUUUACGCUAUAGAAUAAUUUACACAAGUACCGCUCAAAUUUUUUAUAAAUUUUUUUAAAACAGUGCCAUUUUUUACAAAUUUUUACUUUUUCGACAAUAUUUUUAAAAAAAUGUUGCCCUUUAAUCACGUGGUUAACAUUGAAGUCGGGAUCAGUCAGAGUAUUCUUAAAAAUAUUGAAAAGCAUAUUGAACUGUCAUUGAUAGAUUUACUUAUUACUUAAAUUCCAUUGUUCAAAUUUCUCGUGUGCUAAGAUAGAAGAUAGAAUAGUGCCAUUAUUAUUUCUCGUAAUAUAAUGCGUUAUGUAUGAUUAUGAGACGGGAUAAUUUCGUAUUUUUACGAAAACAAAUUUGUGCACAUUCAUGUUGAAUGUACGUUAAAGGAUGUAUUAUGCAUACAUCGCGUAUUUGAUUUU